AUGAAUGGAAUUUCACACACAUCAUCAGGCGCCGCAAAGGCCUUGCACAGUCGCCACAGCCGACUAGGCCAAUUUUACUACGGAACUGCCUACAAGAUUAUUCUUCCUCUCUGGCAUUUUGCCUGGAGACAGUUGAUCAAAUUAAAUCGCAAGGCAGCAAAGCUACAUGAAGUCGAUACGAGGAAUUUCUCUUUUCGAAAGUCAACAGAAGAUUGGGGUGUUGGCAGACGUCUCCAGACGCCGAGCCCCAACAAUAUGCACCGCCGUGAUCCGAGACUGCUCCCUUGA